AUGAUGCAUCGCACUGCAGCACGUCUGAGAAUGCCCAGGAAGCCAACUCCAUACGUGCGGAAGUUUCUGGAAGGUUGUCCACUGCCCGAGACACUUGUUGACGAUAUCGCUGGCGCAAACCUAAAAUCUAUGGCUCCAUUCUUCACAACGGCUCCGCGUUACAUUGUCGCAGCGGAAUCACGCCUGUCGAAGUUGUUUUUUCAUCAUGCCUUGUACCCGGCUGGUGGCGCACGGCGGCCGUGUCGUGUGUUGAUCGUACGUGGCGGGCGCAGUGUGCGGGAACCGUCUUUUACAAUAAACACAGGUGGCGGCCGUGGCGAAGUGGGCGGAGGUUCUCGCGGGUACAGGGAUCCAGCGAGGCGAGCGUAUUUUUAUGCGAGACCUUCGACUGUUGGACCUUUUUACAGUGGAAAUGGCGGCGUCAGCAGUAAUGUGGCCAAGUGCCACAGCGGAGUUGGUAGUGAAGGAGCGGGUUUAGUCAAACGGGCAUCAGUGGACGGUUUGCUUUCACCCUUGUGUGGUGUUAUUGAGGCUCACUUCGCGGUGGGAGGAACUUGUAAUGAUGCGGUGGCGACAGAGGGCGACGGAACCGAAAGUUUAGCAAAAGGUGGUGAGAAGCUUUGUGCGACCCUCGCUGGAUUGUUGAGCGGGGGGCAUGGUGGCUUGAUGAUGGACGACGGAAAUUGUGCAUCCAACGUUAGAGCGGCGAAGCGUGUAGCGAGAUUGUUGCAUGAUGCUGCGCACCAUUUGUCUUCGUUCUUUUAUGUCCACACCCAACUUCCGGACUCCGCGUUGUUUGUUAGCGGACCUGAGGCUUCGAUUGCUUCCAAUGGAAAGGGGGAUGGUUUAUUACCCUCGCACCUGGCGCGGGAAAAGGAUAAUGACGGACGGCCGAGUGUGGAAGGGGUUGCAGUGUUUCGGCUCGCUGGAGGGUUGGAGCCAACUGUACACUUUGCUGUGGGAGCCCCGCUUUCGGUGCUGCAGCGUGGGGUUGAUGGUACCGCGUCACGUGGAGAAAAGAAUUCGGCUGAGGAGGGGCUGAAUUCAGCGGCAAGCACAACAGUACUACCCUUCGGACACAUCCAGUGCCUUCUUCGUGUGCGUACGAGGGGUGGAAAACAUUGUGCAGUAGGGAAGGAGGGGUCUGAAGGCGCGUCAAACACGCCGUGGUGUAAUACUGCUGGGAACGAUGACAUCACAUCCAACUUUGCAGCUAGUGGGCCACAGAUUGCUGGUGGCAUUGUGGAGCCAUGGAAGCUUGGCGUUUCGUUGGACCCCAAGGUACCAUUCUUCAUGCGGACGCUCACUGAAAAGCGGCCCUCUUUCAGUUGUGGUGAAGGGAACCUUGGCACCUGUUCCAGAAGUGGGGAUGUGGAUGGCAAUACUGUAAAUGAUGUCAGCUCCUCUAGCGGUGGCUCGAGGACGAGGGCUCCAGGGGAAGUUCACAUGAAUCAGUUACUGGUGAGGAACGAUUGCGAGACCUAUCUGCUUCCGCAACGCGAACUGCUUCUAUCGUUUCAUGUGCCUGAGGAAGCGGAGGCAAUGUGUAAGGAACAAAAUGAGGAACGGAUGCGCCGCCAGGCGGCCUUAGGCUACGGCAGUCCGUCUCACGUCUUUGCUGAGGGCCCGCGUACCUUUGCCCGCGUGCUUCACGGUAUGAAAGCAAACCUCGCAGCAGUGGAGGAGGCAUCGUCUACGUUCCGUCAAGGGGCCGCUGAAGGCAUCUCGCCUCAAGUCAAUGGUGGUUCUACUACAAGUGGUAGCUCUCGAGUGUAUGAAGUGCGUGCCUUACCGGGGGAUGUCGUGUUUGUGCCACGCGGCUGGAAAUACUCUGUGGAGCGCAUCGUUGGCACAGCGAUCAUAGAUGCCGUCGCGGCCUCUACUGCCUCGCCGCGGGAGGCGCUGCGGGCGGUUUUCAGGACCGCUCCGGACCCACCGCUGCCGCAAGAUGUUGUCAGAUGCGAUGAGGGUCACGCAGGUGCGGGGGAAAUGCCUGGUGGUGACAGUGGUAAUGCGGAAAUUGUGGGAGUGGAGGUGGACGCUUUUGUGUUGUGCUACAAGCCUUACCCGGUGCUUUCGAACGCCCAGGCUUCGACUUAUGUGGCGGCCAACUACGUGCACAGCGGGAUUGACGACUUUUACGCAAAGGGCGGGAAUGACGUAUAUCACAAGUACACAUAA